AUGCCCAUUAAGGUGUUCGCCGGUCUAGGGAGUGUCGAGGUGGACCCGUGGGGAUUUGUGCUGCCCUUCGGUCUGUGGGUGUGGGUGGCGCUUCUCGCUUUCCUUUUGUUGCUCUCCGUCGGCUCUUGCUUUCUCUCCUUCAGGUUUUCAGAGAAAGAUUUUAGCGACGAAGGCUUUGCUUUUGUCAGCAUUACGCUUCGCCAGUCCGUGUGGGUGGAUGAGGGCGGGUGGUGGUGGCAGCGCGUGGUGCUGGGCCUGUGGAUGCUGAUGACCAUGGUGCUGACGCGGAGCUAUGAGGGCAACCUUAUGUCGCUGCUGGCAGUGAGACACCUGCCCCAGCCCUACCAGACCCUCAGGGACGUGGUAGACGACCCCUCGGUGGUCAUGGUCUGGGAAAAGCAAGGGGCACCCAUUCAAGCUGUCAUAGAUGCUACUUCUGGGAUCUUCUAUGAGGUGAAGAAGAGUGAGGAGCAAGGGCGUGUUAAAGCUUUGCCAAUGUACACGUUUCCCGCCAUCUUGGAGGAGGUUAUAAGUAAACAGAAAGUGAUUCUAGACUACGAACUAGUACUGACAGUCCUCAGAAGUAAUCACUUUUCCCGCACGGGUCGGUGUGACUUGUACCUCGGGCAGGAAAGAAUUGUCGCUCAUCCUCUCUCUCUGAUCGGUCAGAAGGACAGCCCCCUAGUCUUGGCCCUCAGCACGUGGGUAAUCUCCAUGACCGAGGCUGGACUGUACGUGCAUUGGAAUUCAGCGACGAUUCCAAACUCCAGCGCUUGUAAUCAAGUGCCGACGAAGAUCACUAUCAGCUCGUCUCUAUCCUUCAGACAGUGCUGGUGGCUAGCGAGUGUGACACUUGUGUAGUCUGGUGGAGGGACGUUGUGUAUAUAAGGUGUCACAGCUUCCCAAGGCUCACUUAGCCCCAGUCUGACUGCAGAUACCGACGACCUCGGUCCGCUCUGCCGCGUCACUCCCGGUGAGUCUUGCCGUGGUGAAGGAGAGACAGUAGGAAACCUGCAUCAAGGCCUCUGAUAGUGAAUGAUUCGUUGAGUAUACGCCUGCACAAACACACUUUAUUGUUCAUUCAGGCUCUUCUCUAAUAUUUUUUUUUUCAGCUACUUCAUUAUCGCCAUAACACACCUUUGUCAUUGCUCCCUUGUACAGUAAAGGAUGGUGUUUUAUCCCCGAAGAGAAACAUGUUUAUACGAGCGCCUGACGUUCCUGUGGCAGUGGUCUGCGGGCCUGUCUCUGAGGUCAAUUGCUCGGCGGUCUGGCAGGAGUCCAGACACAGUGCGCCGGUGGUUGCGGUGGUGGGAGCGUUACGGGCGCCUGCUGAGGCCAAUAGGUGGGCAUAACCGCCGCCAUUUCCCCCGCGCUGCAGGCACUGGAGGCAGGGACGUCUUAUGCAGGGUGAAGGGCGGUGCGCUCCCCACGCUACACAGGCGGCCGUACCCAGAUCUGCUGUAUUAUGGAGACCCUCACUGAUUGUUACUUGCGUCCUGGCGGUGUGAUGUCUCAGGAAUCCACGUCCAAUAUCCGAUGCCUUUAGAACUUAACCAGUACUCUCUGGAAUAACUAACGAGAAGCGACUAUAUUUUUUUCGCCUUCGCUUUCUUUGUCAGAUUUCGUUCGAGACGUGUCACACUAAGAACUUUUGUGCUAGAGUCGGUUUCCACUGUCAUCUCAGCGUUCUUAGAGAAAAAGAUUUUCUUGAUUUUUUUUAAUGAA